AUGGAAAAAAUUUCUCCUCAUUCGCUCUCAAUGAAGAAUGAAUCUUCGUCUGUAGCUCCUAUUGGUGCUUCUGCUCAAUCAAGAACGAUUGCCCAAACGAUGACCUACAUGGAACGCCUUGUUAUUGAACUUAGCAAUCCUGAUCUCAGAGAAAACGCUCUUCGUGUCCUCUCCAAGAGGAAUGAAUUAUCUCAAGAACUUGCACAUUUAUUAUGGAAUUCUUUUGGCACUAUUGCAAUACUUUUACAGGAAAUAACUUCAAUAUAUUGUACUCUUUUACCACCGACUCUUACUCUAGCACAAUCAACUCGAGUGUGUAACGUUCUUGCACUACUUCAGUAUUUGGCAUCUCACUCUGAAACAAGGAUGUUGUUCCUAAAUGCUAGCAUGCCUUUGUAUUUGUAUCCCUUCCUUAAAACAAAAGAAAAGUCACCACAGUUUGAGUAUUUAAGGUUUGCAAGUCUUGGAGUCAUUGGUGCUUUAGUGAAGGUUAACACCAAAGAAGUCUUGGGUUACCUUAUUUUAAGUGAGAUAAUUCCACUCUGCUUGAGCAACAUGGAGAUCGGCAAUGAAAUAUCAAAAACUACUGCAACCUUUAUAUUCCAGAAAAUUUUGUUCGAUGAUGAUGGUUUGGCCUACGUUUGUGCUACAGCAGAGCGGUUUUUUGCAGUACGUCGAGUUUUGGACAUGAUGUCCGAAAGUCUUGACAAGCAACCUACAUGUCGUCUUUUGAAGUAUAUUAUUCCUUGCUAUGCUCGUUUGUCUAAUGAUCGCUGGGCUGGCAUUGCAUUAGCAAACUCUCUUCCUAGUGUGUUUAGAGACACCAUUUUUCUUAAUCGCGUUCGUGAGGACCCAACAACUUGGGAGUGGGUAAAACACUUGCAGGAGAAUGUUAGAAAGAACCAGGAACCUUUAGUAGCAGGUGGAGGAGAAAACAAUGAUAUUGUGGAGUCGUCAACAUCGGGACAAUGA